AAAAGGCCCUCUUCUACAGCAGCACAUCACGUGACAAUAUCUUCCGGUUCAUGCUGCGUUUGCGUAACGUGACGUCACUGUGCAUGUGCCGCUCUUGUUUGGGCAGCAUGGCGGUGCCGUGGAGUCGGUGCUGGAGGAGCAGUGUAGGAGCUGCUGUGUUUCUGGACUGGUGCUGUGGGUUCAGCAGAAGAGCCUUUACUCACGCGGCUUCAGCAGGCAGAAGAACAGCGUCUUCCACCGCGGCGACACAGGUUUUAUUCCGGCAGGGCUCUGUACAUAAUUUUAACAAACCAAUGAUCCUUGCAAGGCACAGGUAUAGAUACCUGUACUCAACACCACGGGUCUGUUGCAGUAUACACAGUGAUGCAAAGUUAAAAGAUCCUUUCUCACUUGCACAAAAGGACUUGCAAGAUUUAUAUGAAGAUAUAAAAAAGCAGCUGCUUGUCUCUAAAGCGGAGCUGAAAGCUCUGUGUGAUUAUUACUUUGAUGGGAAGGGAAAAGCCUUUCGACCAAUGAUUGUGAUCUUGAUGGCUCGAGCUUGUAACGUCCACAGCAAUAAAGAGGGGAUUUUGCUGCCGGCCCAGCGCUCUAUUGCUAUGAUCUCUGAGAUGAUCCACACUGCCAGCCUGGUGCACGAUGACGUUAUUGAUGACUCAGACACAAGACGUGGGAAAAACACCAUUAAUAAAGUGUGGGGAGAGAAAAAAGCUAUCCUGGCUGGAGACUUCAUUCUGUCUGCAGCAUCCAUGGCGUUAGCUCGUAUUGGGAACAAUACAGUAGUUUCUGUGUUGUCACAAGUUAUAGAAGACCUUGUACGAGGAGAAUUCAUGCAGCUGGGGUCUAAAGAGAAUGAAAACGAGAGAUUCAAGCACUACCUUGAGAAAACCUUUAAGAAGACUGCAAGUCUCAUUGCAAACAGUUGUAAGGCAGUGUCAAUUUUGGUGAAUUCUGAUCCUGAGGUGCAUGAGAUAGCCUAUCAAUAUGGACGAAACGUUGGUAUUGCAUUCCAGCUUGUGGAUGACAUUUUGGAUUUCACGUCCUGUGCAAACCGCCUGGGGAAGCCGUCAGCUGCAGAUCUCAAACUGGGUCUGGCCACCGGACCCGUUCUGUUUGCCUGCCAACAGUUUCCUGAGCUGCAUGCAAUGAUAAUGAGGCGCUUCAGCUCUGAUGGAGAUGUGGAUCGAGCCUGGCAAUAUGUCCUGAAGAGUGACGGUGUGGAACAGACUAACUACCUCGCCCAACACUACUGCCAAGAGGCCAUUCGGCAGAUCAGCCGGCUGCGGCCGUCAACAGAGAGAGACGCGCUGAUCCGACUGACCGAGCUGGUGCUGCGCAGAGACAAGUGAGGCUGGACGCAGAGCUCCACACUCAGGCAGCUACCACUCUGCAGGGCCCUGCUGACGCUCGGGGCUUCACAGAGAUCAAAGAAUACAAUUUACGCUGUUGUCAAUGUAUGCUUUACCGUACUGUAAUCGCAGAGCCCUGACCUCCGUUAACCUCUGUGUGAGGUGUUUCACUGGUACAGAAGGACAAACUCUGCAAAAUCAUUGUAAUUCCAAGUGUAGCACAGAUGGAGGUGCUACUGUCAUGUGUGUGUGUGUGGAUCCGUUAGACGCUCACUUAAACAUCCGUCCACACUACAAAAGGCCAAACGUCUUUGAUUUUACUGUAAGAUGCUCUUGUUAAUGUACUUUUGCAACAAGUGCUCAAUAACAACCAAGGCCUUAAAACCUCACUGACUAUUUACUCAAAUUAAAUAAGGUAUUUUUUAAAGUAAA